AUGGGUACCCAAGCGGAUGCUCCCCCGUCGCGGGCCACGGACGCUGUUCUCAUGGCUUCCGACACCGUUCCCGAAGGAACCCCGCAAGUCAGCGGCAUCGACUUCAACAAAUACGCCGAUCGAGACAUCACCGCUGCCGAGCUGCUAGAAAACAUGGCAGGGAUGGGGUUUCAGGCCUCCGCCGUGGCCGAGGCUGCACGGAUCAUCAACGACAUGAUCGCAUGGCGGGAUCCAAAGACAGGAAAGGGCACGACCAUCUUCCUCGGAUACACCUCGAAUUUAAUCUCGUCCGGCCUGCGGGAAACCCUGCGCUACCUCGUCCAGCACAAGCACGUGUCGGCCAUCGUCACGACGGCCGGCGGCGUCGAGGAGGAUUUGAUCAAGUGCCUGGCGCCAACGUAUCUCGGAUCGUUCAGCAUGCAAGGCGCAUCGCUCCGGGAAAGGGGAAUGAACCGAAUCGGGAACUUGAUCGUGCCGAACAGCAACUACUGCGCGUUUGAGGAUUGGGUGAUGCCCAUACUGAAGACAAUGCUCGAGGAGCAAGAGGCGUCGAAGAAUACGGAAAACCGCGUGCACUGGACGCCUAGCAAGGUCAUCCACCGGCUGGGCAAGGAGAUCAACAAUGAAGAAUCAGUCUAUUAUUGGGCCUACAAGAAUGACAUCCCCGUGUUUUGUCCGGCGUUGACCGAUGGGAGCCUGGGGGACAUGUUGUAUUUCCAUACGUUCUCGGCGUCGCCAGACCACCUACGGAUUGACAUCGUAGAAGACAUCCGCCGGAUCAAUUCCAUGUCCACGUUCGCUGAGCGUGCCGGCAUGAUCAUUCUCGGCGGCGGAAUCAUCAAGCAUCACAUCGCCAACGCCUGCCUGAUGCGCAACGGCGCCGAAAGCGCCGUCUAUAUCAACACUGCGCAGGAAUUCGACGGUAGCGACGCCGGUGCCCGGCCCGAUGAAGCUGUGAGUUGGGGGAAGAUCAAAGCGGAUGCGCAGAGUGUGAAGGUAUACGCAGAAGCCACUGUGGUCUUCCCACUCAUUGUGGCGUCGACAUUUGCCAAGGUCAAAAAGCCGGUUAUCAAAUGA